AUGAUCAAUCGGCCUAUUAAGCAUGUCCCUCGUCUGGCUGAGGUCCACUCUAGACUAUUAUCUACACGGAGAAACAGCUUGCUUGCGAGUGCCAGUCGACUACCAGCAAUAGAGCGCGUACGUGAUGGGAAGGCCAUUAAAUAUACCCGUGGGCGAUUUAUUUUCGACGAAAAUGAACAAAUGGAUAAGCGUCGCAUCCGAUUUGAUAUGGAUGCUCUUGCUUCAGUAGCAGCGGACUCAACAAGCGCAACAAAAUGCGUUGGGAUUCAAAGAUGCCCCGAUGGCCUUUAUAACAAAGCAUUCGUCCUCUCAAUGGAUAAUGGCAAGGAAGUUGUCGCAAAACUGCUCAACCCAAAUGCCGGAGUACCUUACUAUACCACUGCCAGUGAAGUUGCCACUAUGGAAUUUGCGCGGAAAUUUCUUCAGACUCCUGCUCCACGAGUGUAUGCAUGGAAUGCAUCCACAGACACAAAAAAUAACCCAGUCGGAGCCGAAUAUAUCGUCAUGGAAAAGAUUCCUGGCGUCCAGCUCUCUGAAAUCUGGUGGAAUCUAAAACUUAAACAGAAGCUCAAGGUCUUUGCUCAGAUUGCGCGGUAUAUGAGAAGGUGGACGAGCGUGAAUUUUUCCCAGAUCGGAAGCCUAUAUUAUACCGAAAACAUACCCACGGCAUCCAAUGAACCUCUUUACUUUGAAAACGGCCAUGCUACAUUUAAUCCCAGGUUCACUGUUGGCCCUAGCACCAAUCGUGAAUGGAGUGAUGCUGGCCGGAAUGGUCUAAAGUGCAACAGCGGCCCAUGGAGGUCUGUUGCGAAUUAUCGAAAGGCAGUUGGUGAUCGUGAGAUGAUGGCUGUAAAGACGAUUACACGGCUGCCAAAGCAGUUGGCAAUGCUCUACGGUCCAAACCCACUGUAUCAGCCCUCAGCUGAAAAGAAACUGGAAGCACUACAGUACUAUUCGCAGAUACAAGACAUAUUACUACCCCGAGAACCUUCACUUAACACGGUACAUCUCUGGCAUAAUGAUCUGCACGAUGAGAAUAUAUUUGUUGAUCCGGACAGCCUCGAGGUACAAGGAAUCAUCGACUGGCAAUCCACCCAUAUUGCACCCUUAGCCGACCAUUGCCUAGACCCUUCAUUCCUUGGAUAUGAAGGCCCCGAUGUGGGUGAUAAUCUGGAAAAGCCUGAGCUCCCCGAUGCGAUCAAGGCUCUCAAGGGUGAAGAGAGGGAGGCAGCGGUAGCAGAGUAUCUCGACAAGGUAAUCAUGAUUGGGUGGCGGCGCCUUGUGCGAGAUAAGAAUCCGUCUCAGCACCAGGCCAUAAGAUUCCAGCAGUCAGCGGCUGGUAACCUCCUCCAUCUUUCCCGUCGAAUAUUUGAAGCUGGAGAACCACACUUUCUUGCCCUGUUGCUAGAUCUACGAGAUGAAUGGACGAAUAUAGGAACGUCAUCAUUCCCACUUAAGUUCACUGACGAAGAGGUCGAUUCCAUUGAAGCUGAUGUGGAACGAGCAGAGCUGGGUGUUCGGACUAUGAAGCUAAUAGAGCGACGACUCGGAAACUUGUGGCCGGAGAAAGGCGUGGUGGAGCAUGAAAACUACGAAGCAGCGAAAGCAGCACUUCGACAAGUGAAAAGCGAGAUCAUCGAUGAAUUCAAGACAUAUCCUGGCUGGAAUUCCGAGGUGUUUGAAUCGCUCUGGCCAUUUGACCAGUAA